AUGGCCUCCUCUUCGUCAAACGUGGUGGGUGUCCACUACCGUGUUGGCAAGAAAAUCGGUGAAGGUUCCUUUGGUGUCAUUUUCGAGGGCACCAACCUCCUGAAUAACCAGCAGGUCGCUAUAAAAUUCGAACCCCGGAAAAGCGAUGCUCCCCAACUCCGCGACGAGUACCGAACAUACAAGAUCCUCGUUGGAUGUCCCGGAAUUCCCAAUGUCUACUACUUCGGACAAGAGGGUCUUCACAACAUCCUCGUCAUUGAUCUUCUCGGCCCUUCCCUCGAGGAUCUCUUCGAUCACUGCAACCGCCGGUUCUCCACCAAAACUGUGGUGAUGGUGGCUAAGCAGAUGCUGUCGCGCGUUCAAACGAUUCACGAGAAGAACCUAAUCUACCGAGAUAUCAAACCAGACAACUUUCUUAUCGGCCGGCCGUCCACCAAGGCCGCCAAUGUCAUUCACGUGGUCGAUUUCGGCAUGGCCAAGCAAUACCGUGAUCCCAAGACCAAGCAACACAUCCCCUACCGUGAGCGUAAAUCCUUGUCUGGUACUGCUCGUUACAUGAGUAUCAACACACAUUUGGGCCGUGAGCAAUCUCGGCGUGAUGACCUGGAGGCUCUCGGCCAUGUGUUCAUGUACUUCUUGAGAGGCGGCCUUCCCUGGCAAGGCCUGAAAGCUGCUACCAACAAGCAGAAGUACGAAAAAAUUGGUGAGAAGAAGCAGACAACAGCAAUCAAGGAUCUUUGCGAUAGUUACCCAGAAUUCAACAAAUACCUGAGUUAUGUGCGCAACCUCGGUUUCGAGGAUACUCCUGACUACGAUUACCUCCGUGAUAUCUUGACUCAAGCUCUCAAGAAUGCCGGCGAGGUGGAGGAUGGCGAAUACGACUGGAUGAAGCUCAACAACGGCCGAGGCUGGGACUACAAGUCCUACUCAUCCCAGGCACAUCUCCACAACCAGCACCAGAGCUCAUCUGGACGCGACUUGCACGCAAGGGAACUCCGCAACAGCCGCCCCGGAGUCACAGCCGAUCGUUUAAACGCCGCGCAGCCCCCGCCUCCUUCUCCAGCGAAAGUCGGAGCUGGAAAGACGCGCGAGCGCCAAAGCGCCGGCGGCCUGCCGCCCAAACGUCAGAGCGGGGGACUGGAAGGAUCGACUCCGGCGGCGUCAACUCAAGCCCAGUUCCAGAACUCCAAUGCUCACCUUCCCAAUCGUAUCGGAAGCCCAGGGAACCAGGGCCUGAACAGCCAGCAGCCUGUCGGUGCUCCAGGCAACAGCGAUGCGCCACUCACCUUCACGCAGAAAGCGAUGAAGUUUCUGUGCUGCGGUAGGUGA